AUUUCAAACCGUUUUCGAUCGUGUAGUGUUUUAUGGCGUUUGUCAAAUUGACGAAACUUUUGAAAAAGUGUAGUUUCUACCACAGUUAUGUCUAUUUUUAAUGAGUUAUUGCCGAAAAUCAAUGAAAUAUCAAAUGCUUUUACUAAAAACUUCAACGAUGACCUCAAGGCCGUGUUCGAUUGUUUUGAUAAGUUUGAGGAAGAGUUUCAAAAUGGACGAGGAAAGGCGCGGGAGAAAGCUACAAAGGAUAAAAACCCUAUGACAACCCUUCAGAGUAUCCACGAGGAUGAAGAUGAAACAUCAAAAUCAUCGGAAACAGAUAACAGUAAACGUAGAUCCAGCAACAAAUCGACGACGGACCUCACAACUGGUCGCAGUUCCACAGAAAGUAACUCGGACAGACCACGACGAGCUUCCAAGAAACGCAGCAAACAUGAAGUGGAUGACAUGUCCAGUCCGGAACAGGAUAAACGACAGAAGAGAAAUGCUUCAGUUAAAGCACAGAGUAUUAUUAGCAAACAGGUGAAUGUGAACCUAUCCCAGAAGCUCCGUCGUGAGGACACAGAGAAGGCGUCGCGCGGGCGCCGACGCAAGGACGAUGAUAAAGAAAACCAUGAACCUCCACUUAACAUACAAAUAAAACAAGAGAAGGUCUCCCUGCCACCGGAGCCAAUGGACACAGACGCUUUGCCAGUCGAUAUUCCAAUCAAACAGGAACCGAAUAAGGAUGAAAUUGCCAUGCCGCCGCCAGUCGCACCCGUGCCCAAACCACGUAAAGCGGUACCAAAAGAUAAACCGGAGGAGAGCAGUGAGGAGGAGGGUUCAGGGAAACGAAGAACUACACGGACCAGGAAACAGAAUGAUAAUGUGGCGCCACCUGUGGCGUCAGCGCGGUCCACUCGCGCCAGUUCCCGGUCGGCGCGUCCCACAGAGACCGAGGACCCCGCGCCUCCACCCACUGAGACACGACCCAAACGUACCAGGGCUAAAAAGAAAGUAUCAGAAGUCGCUCCAGAACCAGAGAAGGCUACAGAAUCACAAGAAAGUGUUCCUGCAUCUCCUGCUGAAAAACCGCGGCCGAAGAGAACUAGGCGAGCACCGAAAGCAGCUGAAAAACCAGACGAGAAACAACAAAACAUUACUCCGCCGCCCUUACCGACCCCAGAAAUGAACAUAACACCAAAGGAAGAAAGGAUAUCACAGCCACAACCGACAUCGCCAAUUUUACAGAAAGAAGCGUCUAAGAAUAAAAGCAAAAAGGAGCCUAUUGUCGAGCUAACAAGGUUGAAUUUAGAUGAAAUCGACGCUCUGGAUAAGACUAGAGUGAUUGAUAAAGUCGGCGAUAUGGACCAAACUGUGGUUAUACCUAACGGAGUUUAUAAUCACGCGCCUGUUACGCCCAAGAAUGUUCGCAAUUUGAAUGAGACAGUAGUACUGGAGACUGCGAAUAGAGAAACAAUGGUCCUAGACAAACAGAAUCAUGUUAUGGAUGCCACAGUCGUCAUCGAUAAAGAUCCAAAACAAACGAACAUAACAGACGACAACUCCCUGCUAACAGACGACAGUGACGCGACAGACAUGCACACUCCACCUAAACACCCACCUCCACAAAUGCAACCUACGUCUGCAGUAAAAGAGAAGGUCCAACAGUUUGAAGAGUUAGCUUCGAGAGUGACCAGAACUAAAACGAGAGCUAUGGCUAAGAAGGAGGAGCAGCCAGAGGAGACCCACACGCCUCCCGACAAGAUAGUGAAACCUGUACUCUCUGCGGAGACACUCAACAAGAUGAACAAUAUGAUCUUCAAUGGGAAACCGCCACAGAUAUCAAGCUCAGCGACAAAGCCGCGAGCGAACAUAGUGACAUCAACGAAGUCUUUGAUUCCCGCGUCCACUUCCAAACUGAGCGGGAUCAACCGAGCGAGGGAGGCGGAGGAACUCAAGAAGGAGAGGGAGGACGCUAGAAAGAAGAAGGAAGCUAUGCUAGAGGCUAAGAGGGAACAACAAAAGAGAAAGCGCGAGGAGAAGAUGGCGGCGGCGGCGGCGGCCCGCGAGGCGGCCGACAGAGAGCGCCGCGCCGCGCUGCAGCACGCCGCCAGGGAGCGCCUCGAGAAACAGGCGCACGCCGACCAGGGGAAACUGGACCGGCUCCGGGAGGCAGAGCGGGUCGGUACUCCACUACUACCUACUGCGGAGAAAUAG